AUGUCUGAUGCCAGUGGGACCGCCAAAGCGCAGAUAGAGACCGAUAUCAAAGGGACAAGGUCAUCAGUUGAAACCACUAGCAAAAGAGAAGUGCUUCCGGCCGAGAACAAGCUCGUCGACGAAAAUGGAGAAAUAUACCUUGUCCCCACGCCGACAACAGACAAGGGCGACCCAUUGAACUGGCAUCCGGCGCGAAAAUGGGCCAUUUUGGCCAUUCUGAUGCUUUGGAGCUCGGCCGCCCUCUCAAUCCAGGCAUUCCUGCUCAACUACAUCCCUUCUGUUGCCGAGCGGUUCCCGGACGCCGAUGCAGGUCAGAUCAACCUCCUGGUCACAAUCAUUAUGCCGAUGAUUGCCCCCGGCCAACUGAUCUUCACGCCUCUGGCCAUCGCCUACGGAAGGCGCUUCUCGAUGCUCCUCGCAAACGCCCUGCUCUUUGCCUCAUGUAUCUGGGGCGCUUUCUCCACUUCAUAUAACUCGCUUCUGGCCGCCCGUGUGGUCGAGGGCCUAGCAGCGGGACCGACCGACUGCCUCGUCUAUGUGAUUGUCCAAGAGAUGAGCUUUGUGCACGAGCGAGGUACUAUGAUUGGUGCGCUGAUGGGUACACAAUUGGCCCUGCAGCUCGGUCUCAGUAUCGCUACGAACUACAUGGCUGUCACGACAAGCUUCCAAGCCCCUUUCUUCAUGUUCGCGGCCAUCUCCGCCUUCACCUUGGUCGGCAUGUUCUUCAUUAUGCCGGAGGUUCGCUAUAAUCGCGAUGGCAACAGCUUGCUUCCUCGUAUCAAACUUAGCGAAUAUGCCUCUUUCAAGAAGACACUUGGUACCAGUGGGGAAUAUAAGCCUUUCACACUCGCGAGACAGCUGCAGCCCAUUUCGCCGAGAGUCAAAGGCUCGCCGAACCACAGCGUGGUGUGGUUCUUCAAACGUAUGGGGGUGUACGCCCUAUCGCCUAUCAUGUGGUGGAAUGCGGGGCUGAACACUAUUAUGUGCGGGAGUCUUUUGGCAGCUUCCACCUACUAUGCCACCAUGCUUGUAAGCGAACCUUGGUCUUGGGCCCCUCAGAAUGUAGGAUUGAUCAACAUCGGUCCGGUGCUUAUGGCUGCCCUCAACUGGGUCUUGCUCGGAUGGGGCAAUGAUAAGGUUAUCUUCUGGUUAGCGAAGCGCAACAACGGCGUCAACCGACCCGAACACCGUCUUGUGGUGCUGAUUAUUCCUGUCAUCACGGGAAUUAUCUCCAGCAUCGGAUUCGGUGCCCUCGCGCAGAACUAUCUCAUAACUAACCCCGGCGGUGACCAACCCCACUGGUUCUCGAUUGUGUUCCUCAUGUCUCUCUACUACCAGUCCUUCUGCGGUAUCUUGGAGGCCACCUUGAUUUACCUGGCCAACAUCACAUCUGCGGAAGACUCGCUUGCCGUCAUGACCUUGGUGGCUGUCAUCCGUGAUAGCGCUUCCUUCGGCAUGGGCUAUGGUGUAGUGGGUUUCGCGGAGAGUGUUGGUUACUUGACUAGCUUCAGCAUCUACGGAAUGCUGACUGGAGUCCUGGGCAUUCUGGGCAUACCAGUCUAUCUCUACGCUGAUAGAUUCCGCACUAAGGCCGGAGUCGCUGUCUAA